ACUUCUCCGAUCUCCGAUUUUCUCUUCUCCGAGAUGAUGACGGAGACAACAACGAAGGUUUUGUAUAUAGUGGUGCGUGAAGAAGGUGAUGAUGAUGAUAAUAAUGGAGAUGAUUCGUUUCGUUAUACGCGUCCUGUUUUGCAGAGUACUCUUCAGCUUAUGGGUUGCAAAGCUCGUCAUGCCUGGAAGAUUAGCAGAAGGGUUUUUGAGUUAAUAAGAAGUGAGGGAUCUUGUAAUACAUCACCAGAGAAUGGGAAGGAAACUGAAUUUGCUAAGGAAGUUGGUGGUUCAACUUGUGUAGAGAAACUUAACUGUUUGGUUGCUGAUGAUGUUGAUGUUGACAAGAAUAAAAGUAUACCAUUUGAGAUGUACAAAAGGCGGACUACUGUUGUUGUUUCACGAGAAAUAUUCUUGGAAGUUGUGUGUGAUGCUCUGGCUGAGUAUAAGUACGUUGGUCGCGACCAAAGGGCAGAUUUGAUUCUGGCAUGCAGAAUCCGAGAAAGGAAAGAAUCUGUAACUGUUUUGCUCUGUGGCACCAGUGGCUGUGGUAAAUCUACAUUGUCUGCAUUGCUGGGUAGCAGGCUGGGGAUUACGACUGUGGUAUCAACUGACUCAAUAAGGCACAUGAUGAGGAGCUUUGCUGAUGAGAAGCAGAAUCCUUUGCUGUGGGCUUCAACAUACCAUGCUGGAGAGUACCUUGACCCUGUGGCAGUUGCUGAGUCAAAAGCCAAAAGAAAAGCUAAAAAGUUGAAAGGCUCUCGAGGUGUAAAUUCCAAUACUCAAAAGACGGAUGCUGGAUCAAACUCUGGCACCACUGAGCUGUUAAGUCAUAAGCAGAUGGCUAUAGAAGGGUAUAAGGCUCAAAGUGAGAUGGUGAUUGACAGUCUCGAUAGGCUCAUUACAAGUUGGGAGGAGAGGAAAGAGUCGGUAGUCGUUGAAGGGGUCCACUUAAGCCUUAACUUUGUGAUGGGACUGAUGAAGAAGCACCCUUCGAUUGUUCCCUUCAUGGUAUACAUAGCCAAUGAGGAGAAACACUUGGAACGGUUUGCAGUCCGAGCCAAGUACAUGACAUUGGACCCAACAAAGAAUAAGUAUGUAAAAUAUAUACGUAACAUCAGAACAAUACAGGAUUAUCUAUGUAAACGAGCUGACAAACAUCUCGUUCCUAAGAUAAACAACACAAAUGUCGACAAAAGCGUGGCUACAAUUCACGCGACGGUCUUUGGUUGCCUGCGUAGACGUGAAACAGGAGAGAAGCUCUAUGAUACAACCACAAAUACCGUUGCUGUUAUCGACGACGAGCACAGGAACCAAUGUACAGCCAAUUCAUUAAGUUCCAAGGGAAUGUUUCAGCUGAUCCAAAGACAAGGCUCCUCUAGGCGUUAUAUGGCUCUUUGCAAUACUGAUGGUACUGUGGCCAGAACUUGGCCUGUCGGUUCCGUUGAUAAGAUCAGGAAGCCCGUUGUUGAUACCGAGAUGGAUAAUGGAACAGAGCAUCAGCUACAUAAAGCUGAACCAGUGAACCUUCAGUUCGGUCACUUUGGGAUCAGCGCUUGGCCUAAUGAUGGCGCAACUAGCCAUGCUGGGAGUGUGGAUGAAUCAAGAGCCGAUAUUAUUGAAACUGGAAGCAGGCAUUACUCUUCUUGCUGCAGUUCGCCGCGGACAUCUGAUGGGCCUUCGAAAGAGCUGAUGGAGGAGCAGUCUGUAAAUGGGAGCGAUGAAGAUGAAGAAGGCGACGAUGAUUUUCCUGAGCCAGAUUCUGAUGAAGAUCUCAGCGAUAACAAUGAUGAACACAACCGUGACGAGGUUGGAUCGGUGGAUGAGGAAUCGACAAAGUCAGAUGAAGAGUACGAUGAUCUGGCAAUGGAAGACAAGAGUUACUGGACAGACAACGAAGAAGAAGAGUCUCGAGACACAAUCUCCAUGGUGUCCGAAAACAACCACAACGAGGCUACAAAGCCCAACAAAGAUGACAAAUACUCCCAAAACCUCGAUCUUUUCCUCAGGACAGCGAACCAGCCAUUAACUGAAUCCCUUGAGCUGUCGAGUGAAUACGGGAACAGAAUGGGAGUAGCCGCCUCGGAUAAAGCCAAGAUGAGGAAACGUUCACUUAGUAUUCCGGCUGUCGGGAAACAUCGAUCAAUCAUAGAUGACCAGAUUUUGGCUAACCAGACUGAUCCAAAAUGUUGGUAUACUCACCGUAUUCUCCAAGCUGUCCUCAACUUCCAGAAGUACUUCAAGCCUCAAGACACCGAUAUCAUCGUUGCUUCGUUCCCUAAAUGCGGCACAACUUGGCUCAAGGCGCUUACAUUCGCAGUCAUUUGUAGAUCGAAACACCCUUCUCAUGAUGAUCAUCAUCCUCUUCAUUCUGAUAAUCCACACGUUCUUGUACCCUACCUUGAGAUUAAUCUCUAUUUACAUAGCGAAAAGCCGGACCUUACCAAGUUCUCAUCAUCUUCGAGGCUGUUUUCAACACACAUGCCGUCACAUACGUUGCAAGAAGGUCUCAAAGAUUCCACUUGUAAAGUUGUGUAUAUAUGCAGGAAUGUAAAAGACACACUGGUUUCAUAUUGGCAUUUCUUUUGUAAGAAACAAACCGAUGAUAACGUAAUAAGCAGUUUCGAGGAUACGUUUGAGAUGUUUUGUAGGGGAGUCACCACUUUUGGGCCUUUUUGGGACCAAGUCCUAAGCUACUGGAGAGGAAGCUUGGAAGAUCCAAAACAUGUGGUGUUUAUGAAGUUUGAGGAGAUGAAAGCAGAACCUCGUGAGCAGAUCAAGAGACUUGCACAGUUCUUAGGUUGUCCUUUUACUAAGGAAGAAGAAGAAGAAAGCGGAUCGGUGGAUGAGAUUAUCGAUCUUUGUUCUCUACGUAAUCUGAGCAGUUUGGAGAUCAAUAAGACCGGAAAAUUGUAUAAUGGUAGAGAUAACAAAACAUUUUUCCGUAAGGGAGAAGUAGGUGAUUGGAAGAACUAUUUGACUCCGGAAAUGGAGAACAAAAUCGACAUGAUCAUCGAAGAGAAACUGCAAAACUCUCGUUUGAAAUUCUAAGUUUGUGUUUUUUCUUUAAUUCAUUGUAAAUUUGUAAUAAUAAGACUACCUUAUGCUGUUUGUUUUUGUGUUCUUUUGAUGUAAUAAUAAGACUACCAUAUGCUGUUUGUUUUUAUGUUCUUUUGAUGUAAUAAUGACUAUGAUGAAUAUGUCUUUAUGCUUUCAUAAUUUCAUUCAAUCGUUCUUACCUUUCUAUUUCUACAUAUUGGCUACUGUCUCGUCUUAGUUCCUACCUUUGUGGAAAUAAAUUGAAGCCCAUCAA